AUGACCUCCCUCAAACCCCACAUCCAACCGUCGCGAAGAAGCCCGGCCCUCCCUACCAUCUCUCCUAUCUCCGCCUCCCCUUUCCACCUCCGCCCACCUGAGAACACGCCACGAAACCCCUCGAGCCUGCUCCUUCGAGCCGCCAAAUCCAACCAGGCCCAACCCCAGAAGAAGCCAUCACCGUCGCCGCCGCCGGUCGUCUCCGCCGGCGACCACGACGAGGAUGGCAUCCCAUCGGACUGCGUGAAGACCCUGGCCAGAUUCAAGUCCAGGUACAACUACAUCAGAGUCCUCGAAGUCUCCCGCAGGGCCGACCACCAGUUCGCCGGGUCCCGCCUCCUCCUCCUCGAUGCCCCCGGUAACAUCCACAGCAUAUCCUUCCUCCUCAAACUCCUCACCACCACCUACUUCGACGUCUUCGCCACCUUCCCCCCCGUCCUUCCCCCGGGCCCCAUCGGGAUCCUCGGUUUUGGGGCCGGUUCCGCCGCCAGGCUGAUCCUCCACCUGUACCCAGAGGCCCAAGUCCACGGCUGGGAGCUCGACCCGGCGGUGGUCUCCGUGGGGAGGGAGUUCUUCGGCCUGGAGAAGCUAGAGAAACAGAACCCAGAGAGGCUUUUCGUUCACAUCGGCGACGCCCUGCAAGGGGAGGUGGGAGGGGACGGGUUUGCCGGGAUCUUGGUGGACCUCUUCUCCAAGGGCAGCUUGAUCCCGGAGCUUCAGGAUUCCGAAACCUGGAAGAGGUUGAAGAGGAGGUUGAGGAAAGGGGGCCGGAUCUUGGUCAAUUGUGGUGGGAGCUGCGUUGAGGCGGAGGAUCCUCGCAGAGAUGGGAAACUGGUGAUGGAGGAGACCUUGAAGGCCAUGGAUGAGGUCUUCCGCCAGGACUUGUACGUUCUGAAUCUGGGUCAUCGGAGUGAGGACAGUACCCUCGCGUUGACUGGGCCUCUGCCUGAUCUCAGUGCCUGGAGGCAGGCAUUGCCUUCACCCUUGAAGCAUUACGUUGACAUGUGGACUCCUUUCCGUGGGUAA